AUGGAGUCCUAUGACAUUAUAGCUAACCAGCCGGUUGUGAUCGAUAAUGGUUCAGGUGUUGUCAAAGCUGGCUUUGCUGGAGACCAGAUCCCCAAAUACUGCUUCCCCAACUAUGUGGGCCGUCCCAAGCACGUGCGCGUGAUGGCAGGAGCCCUGGAGGGGGACCUCUUCAUUGGACCCAAAGCAGAGGAGCACAGAGGGUUGCUGUCAGUAAGGUAUCCUAUGGAGCAUGGUAUAGUGAAGGACUGGAACGAUAUGGAGAGGAUCUGGCAGUACGUCUACUCUAAGGAACAGCUGCAGACCUUCUCAGAGGAGCACCCUGUCCUGCUGACUGAAGCCCCUCUGAACCCCAGUAAGAACAGGGAGAAGGCGGCUGAGGUGUUCUUUGAGACCUUCAACGUUCCCGCCCUCUUUAUCUCCAUGCAGGCAGUCCUCAGUCUCUAUGCGACAGGGCGUACCACGGGUGUGGUGUUGGAUGCAGGCGACGGGGUGACCCAUGCGGUGCCCAUCUACGAGGGCUUUGCCAUUCCCCACUCCAUCAUGAGGGUGGACAUCGCUGGAAGGGACGUGUCCCGUUACCUCCGGCUGCUGCUACGCAAGGAGGGCUAUGACUUCCAUACCUCCGCAGAGUUUGAGGUGGUCCGCACCAUCAAAGAGAGAGCCUGCUACCUGUCCCUGAACCCCCAGAAGGAUGAGACUCUGGAGACCGAGAAGGCCCAGUACACCCUCCCCGACGGUAGCACGCUGGAUAUUGGUCCAGCCAGGUUCCGCGCCCCAGAGCUGCUGUUCAGGCCAGACUUGAUCGGAGACGAGAGCGAGGGGAUCCACGAGGUGCUGGCCUUCGCUAUCCAGAAGUCUGACAUGGACCUCCGACGCACACUCUUCUCCAACAUCGUACUGUCUGGAGGAUCCACACUGCUCAAAGGUUUCGGGGACAGGUUACUAAGCGAAGUGAAGAAGCUCGCUCCCAAAGACGUGAAGAUCAAGAUUUCCGCCCCUCAGGAGAGGCUCUACUCCACGUGGAUCGGUGGCUCCAUCCUGGCGUCGUUGGACACCUUUAAGAAAAUGUGGGUCAGCAAGAAGGAGUAUGAGGAGGACAGAGCACGGGCCAUCCACAGGAAGACCUUCUAACACCGCUGCCCUUAAACUGACCUCAACAUGACCUAUCUGCCCUGUGCUGCCCCAAUCUGUCACGACACUACCCUCCAAUGCUCCUAUUUUUGCUCUGUUGCCCCACAUUACUGAUUUGCCUCAACAUCUGGAACUAUCCCCACAGCCCCAUGUCUGCCCCAGUCUCCCCUUCCCCUUAAGGUCUCCCCCAUCCUCUGGCUAGGGGAAUUUCCAUAUACACCCUCCCUCAAUUCAGCAUGCCUUCUGUUACCAGCCAUGUGGGAGAGAGCAGCGUGGCCCUUCAGGCAAGCCUUUGGCCCUCUCACCUCCUCACACACCCAGGGCUGCGUGGGCAUCUGUCAAUACUGUGGACUGUUCUUUCUGUUCUUAAAGGGGCAAUGCUAUACUCUACUCAACCCUGAAGUAUUUAUAUUACUCUCCUAUCUACCCUGCCCUGUACGAUACCUUGCAUCAUAUCAUCCAAUGACAAAGAAGGUGAAUUAUUUUAGAUUCUGUAAGAAUUCCAUUCCAAACCGAAGAGAUUGAUUUAAUUUUUUUGCGUUCUUUAAAAAAGUAUCUUGGUCGUCAGUUACAAAUCACCAUGUUAAUGUCAACGGUUGAAUUCACCAUUGUUUUCUUUAAUUUUUUUGUUUCCAUUUGUGUUGAUGGUGUUGAGGGUCGGGGUUAGGAUAGUCUGCUAUAGGAAUAGGUCAUGCUGUAGACGGGUAGAGAAUACCACUGUGUUUUACAUUGGCUCAUCAAAUAUUCAAGGAAUUCAUUGGAAAACAUUCAAAGAACUUCUCUUUCCACCAACCCUCCCACAUGUGUUCUUUCAACAACGACUAAUGGACAUGUUUAGACGACAGCGAUGUUUAACGCUUCCUUAUGAUGUGUAAAGUAUCUCCAUUCAGUUAGCUGUGUUUUUCCUCUUUGUUUGAAAAUGACAUUAGUGGAAAUGGUUUGAUAACAAAGGACGGGUGAGAUGUAUCCUCCUCACUUAAUAAUCACCUUUCUGGUUAACCUUCAGAUUGAUGAAGGCUUAUCUGAUCCUAGAUCUGUGGUUAUGGGCAGCUACAACCUGGAGUGAUCUCUGAUCUCAGUGUUAGUCAAGGGUCAGGGACUAGCUGAAUAUUGGGUGAAAGGCCACAGAGAUCAUCCAACAAACAUUGUCGUUUUAUUUCUCUCCAAAGACUCCAUAUUUGGCUCCAUUUAAAGGAUGGUGGAGAUCACCGGUUAAAUGUUCCCUGUGAGUUAUUUUAAAACACCAAGUGAAUGGGUUAGAACAAUUGAGAGAGAGCAAUGUAUAGUUGCUAUAGACUGUAGUAGGACCAUUCUCAUAAUAAGCAUGUAGAAGCACAAGAUGGUGGAUUAUUAUCAGUUAGUUUUCUACCCUCUAUUCCCCCUCAUGUACCACUAGAAGUCUGGGUGUUUAUUAUGGCUAAUCUGAUUUCCCUACGUCUCAGUGGCAGUAAAGGGGUUGUGUCCAAAACUGCGUCCGCCUUACUCCUGUGCCCUGGCACCGGAAAGUCCACUUCAGAUUCUGGGUGUUUUUUAAAAGGUUCUAUACUUCAUCAGCCUUGUGUACAGUGGACCGCUUUUCAAAACGUCAAAAAAUACAAUAAAUGUAUAAUACUGUUUAUUCAAGUGUUGCUUUUACUUUUCAUUUUGUAAAUUCAGUAUAAUAAAUAAGUUAAUGACUGCUGUUGGA